UGUUUAUGUAUUGAUCUUUUGACUGUCUUUGUGUGGUUGCAGGCCAAGUUCCUCAGUCAUGAUCAAAUUAAUGAGUUUAAAGAGUGUUUCUCACUGUAUGACAAGAAGCGGCGGGGUCAGAUAUACGCCUGUGACCUCCUUACAGUCAUGAGAUGUCUGGGCUGCUGUCCGACCCUGUCAGAACUGGACAGACACUUGUUAACUCAUAACAUCGAUAAGAGCGCCGAGCUGGACUUCUCCACAUUUCUCAGCAUGAUGCACCAGCAGAUCCGUCAGGAGAACCCGCGUGCCGAGAUCCUGGAGGCCAUGAGGAUGAUGGACCCAAAGAAUCAGGGUUUCGUCCCGGUGUCAGAGCUCAGAUCCAAACUGACGGGAUUUGGAGAACGACUUACAGUUCAAGAGGUGGAUGAACUUCUGAAUGAUGCUGGUGUGACGUCUGACGGACGCAUCGACUAUGAAGAGUUUUUGAAGACUGUUCCGGCCGGCCGAUGAUGAACAAACUACACCUCUAGAACUUCCCUCACGUACAUCCGUCGUAAUUCUGUGGAGAAAUAGCAUUUUGCAUUUGAAAACAUCCCUAAAACGGCAAAAAAUGCCAAUCCAGGCGACAUUGACCGUAUUUUACUGAUAAGCACCUGUGACAACAUGCAUUAAUCAUUGACUGACCGUGGGAUUGCUUAGAAAGUAAACAGAUGUGUCUUUAAGUUAGUUUGUUUUACGGAGACUUAAAUCUUUCUUAUGCAGUCUAAGUGGUCAGAUUAUUGUUUUGUAUUAAACAUUUUCAUUUGUGCUCUUUACAUGACAAGAUGCUUGGAUAGUGUAAUGUUUCGGAUGCAUAAUCUUUAUAAUUAAAGAAUAGAAAUCAAUCUGAUAUAUAAAUUGCACAAUUCACAUUUUACUACAGCCCUAUUAACUGUGUAUUAAAACACGUUUAAACGAUUUAUGAUGACAUGUAACGACAAGGAUGCAAGAUAAAUCAGUCCAUGCUGUUUGUGGCGAAAACCAACUUCAG